AUGAAUCUACAGGCGGUUUCAGGAUACGUUUGCCUGCUUUGCUUUUCCUUCACAAGCACAGCAAAAGAAAACUUGCAGAUUUCUUUCCAGCCCAGGACCCUGUAUCAGUACCGCUAUUCCCUGGACGUCCAGCUGGACCACACAUCCACGUCCCUGCGGGGAGCCUGGCUGAAGGCUGAGGCGUUGGUCCAGCUGCACCGGCUCUGGAGGGACCAAGGAGGAGAAGAGCUCCUUCGGGUGCAGAUCCAUGACCUGAAAGCCCACCAUGAACCAGAAGAGGAGAGGAGCCAGGACAGCGCUGGAAGUCCCCCUGGGGAGAUUGCACUGAGCCAAGAGGCACGGGCAGAGCUCCAGCAGCCAGUGUUCAUCUCCUGGAGCAGUGGAAAGGUCAAAGCCCUUUACGGGGAUGAAGUAGAGAGCACCCUGGUUUCGAACCUGAAGCGAGGUGUCAUCAGCCUGCUCCAGCUCCAGCCCCAUGCCGGCACCACAGUGGAGGAGGAUGUCUCUGGGAGCUGCCAAGUCACGUACGCCGUGUCCAACCGUUCCAUCACAAAGAUGAAAGAUCUCCUCAGCUGCACGAAGCCCAACUCCGGGUUCACCUCCACAAACAAAAUUUUUGGAGUCCAGUGGCAGCCCAAAAGCAGAAGCCAAUACGUGGUGAAAGACAACCUCCUCCAGUCAGUGCUGGCAGAGGAAAGCCACGUGCUGUCUCCAGCCCUGAGGUCCACCACCGGCAUCAAAGUCAGUUCAAGGCAGCAGCUCCGGUUAAUGUCUCCUCCAAUGCCUGGCCCAGCAGAGAUGCCCGGAGGAAGCCUUGAGGAUGCGCUGGCUGGCACAGGAGAACAGCACCAGCCCCUGGGCAUAGCCAGCCUGCCCUUCAGGAGGGUCUGCACUCACUGCCCAUCCCUGAGAGCCUACCUGAAGGCUUUUGACAGCCAGAGAGUCAAAACGAACCCCUCGAAGGCAGCGACAGCCUGGCGGUUCCAGAGGUUCAUCCAGAUGCUGCACAGCGCCAAGAAGAGAGAUGUCCUGCAGCUGCUGAGGAGAGCGCCCGAGGAGAUGCUCCCUUUCGUCGUGGAGGCGGCGGUGGCUGCGCAGUCGGUGGCAUCCUUGGCAGCUCUCUCGGACUUCCUGGAUUUCAGCAAGGAGCCCAGGGCCCUGCUGGAGAAGUUUCUCUAUGCGGCAGCUUUCUCUCCCCGGCCUUCGGGAGAGCUUCUCCGCCUGGUGUUAGACAAGCUGGAUGGGAAGCAGCUGGCCCCCGAGGUCCAGGAGACAGGGAUAGUUGCCCUGGGCUCUCUGGUUGGCAAGCUGUGCCAGCAGAAGCUGUGUGGGCUGCAGGAGGUGGCGCAUGGGGUGGAAACCAUCCUCGCAGGGCUACGAGAUGCUGAGGCGGAAUCCGAGGUGGUCACAUACCUGCUGGCCCUGGGGAACACAAUGCUCCCCGAAACCAUCCCCACCCUCCUGGACCGUGCCGAGGAGGGUCCCGCCGCCAUCACCGCCGCAGCCAUCUCUGCCCUGCGGCGAUUUCCCGCUGGGCACAUCUCCGGCAAGGUGAAACGAGUAAUGCGGAGGAUUUUCCAUGAGAAGAGGAAGAGCUACGAAAAAACGUGUCGCCUGGCCGCUGCGGAAAUCCUCCUGGAUAACGAACCCUCACCCAUGGAUGUCAUCAACAUCCUGCUGGCUGCCAACGAGCUGGAGACGGAGACGGCAGCGUUCCUACUGCUGAAGGUCCGGAACAGCCUGCGUGCUGACCACCACCCAGCAAGAAAGAUAAUGAAAGACGUCAUGAGAGACCCGCGGAUCAAUAACUACAACUCCUUCUCGAAAGCUGGCAUCUCCUCUUCUUUCUCAGGACCUCUGACAGGUGACAACACAGACGUCUCCGACUUCUCAUUGCUGAGCCACGGCCAGCGGCUUCGCGCAGCUCAGGUCACUAUUGAAGCACAAGGGAUGGAGUCGAUGAUGGGAGAAAAUGUCUUGGAAGGGGAAGAGGAGUCAGAGCUCACGGCCGGGAUGUCUGCCAUCUUCUUUGAUGUUCAGUUGCGGCCGAUCGUCUUCUUCCAGGGAUAUACGGACUUAAUGGCCAAGGUCCUCUUAAGCAGCGGAGAACCCACAAGCGUGGUCAAAGGGAACCUCCUGCUGAUGGACCAUCACCAGGUCAUUCCUCUGCAGUCUGGCUUCCAAGUGACUGUCAAACUCCAGGGCGGGCUGGGGCUUGACAUUUCAGCCGACAUGGAUGUGAGCAUUUGGGAGCAGGAACUGCAAACCAGCAUCAGCGCAAGGGGAGGCCUUGCAAUUGAUUUCCAGGCAGAACUAGACACCCCUUUCCUCCAAGCCACCGUGAGAAGCCAGACGGAGUUGGAGACCUCAAUCCACUUUGACACCAUGCUGAGGUUUUCUGGCAGCCCAGUGCUCAUGUGCUUGCAGCUGAGAAAGGAGCAGGUCCCGUACAGGGAAAUCUUCACAGUUUCCAAGUCUGCUGGGAACCAGAGCAGCACGGCUCGAAAAGGCAGGCAGGGCACUGUACCCGGGCAGGACUUUGCCUUGCACCGAGCCAACUCCAAAGUCUGCAACCUCCUACUGACAGCAGAAAAAGAAUAG